GAACUCUAAUUUGAUGAGCUUUCUACUCCUCCUUUGCUACCACUUACUGUCUGCUCCCUUUCCAAUAUCCGUGGAGGCUUCAACGCCAUCUCCGCUUCAACUAGAAGCCGACGCUCUCCAACAAAGCGGCUGGUGGGUCGGUCGAAACAUCUCCCAACACUGUCAAUCGAAAGGCAGCAUCAUUUGCGAUGCUUCAGGAAGCAUCAUUGAUAUCUUUGUUGAUUGGAAACUACCAGCUGGAUCUACUCUACAUAACCUUAACUUCUCUUCCUUACCCAAUUUGGUGAGUCUUUACAUCUUUAAUUCCACUCUCCAAGGGAGCAUCCCUCCUCAAAUAGCUCUCCUAUCCAACCUUACUUUUCUACACCUAUCUCGAAAUCAUCUUACAGGCCAUAUUCCUUUAGAAAUUGGGAAUUUGACCAAUUUAUUGGAGCUUCAUUUGGAUGACAACAUGCUUACCGGUAGAAUCCCUUUCGAAAUAGGAAACUCAUCGAAGUUAUCAAAGCUUCGUCUACAUCGAAACCUACUUACUGGUACCAUCCCUUCAGAAAUUGGGAAGUUAAUGGAUUUGAUGGAACUCCGUCUAGAUUCAAACAUGCUUCAUGGUACAAUCCCUUCUCAAAUGGGAAAUUUCACUAACUUAUUUUGGUUAUCUCUCAGUCAAAACAGGCUGAUGGGUACAAUCCCUUCAACUCUGUGCCGUCUCCCUGUUCUUUCCGUUUUAGAUAUUUCUGGGAACCGAUUAAGUGGAGUGAUUCCUCCUGAGAUAGGGAACAUCACCAAUUUGAGGACUCUGUCUCUUGGGGAUAAUAAUCUCACCGACCCGUUUCCUUUGGAAAUUAAAAGCCUCUAUAGAUUGGAACAACUUUACGUACAGAAUAAUGCAUUCAUGGGUCUCAUCCCUUCCUCUGUUUUUCAACUCACUAACCUGAAGGAGUUGAAUCUUGCGUCCAAUAGUUUUAGUGGCUCCAUUCCUUCAGAAAUUACACACUCCUUGCAGUUUUUGGAUGCGAGUUGCAACAUGCUCACUGGGUCCAUUCCAUUCAAUUUAUUUGACCUAAUUUCUUAUCAUUAUUGGCUACAAAUUGACCUUAGCCAUAACUCCUUCAAUGGUCCUAUACCUUCUAUGUCCAUAGGCCCAAGGGAACUCCAUGGGGUUACCAUGAACCUCAGCUACAAUAAGCUCACAGGCUCAAUUCCUGAUUUUCUCAUUCAUUUUCAUCACAUUGAUUUAUCCUACAAUUGUCUUCACGGCCCACUUUCAAACCAAUUUCUUCAUCAUUUUGGGGUAGAUGUUGGUUUGGGUAAUGAAAACUUAUGUGGAAACCACUCCCAACUUCGCUCUUGUGCUUCACACAAUCACACAGUACACAAACUAUUGAAAAUCCUUCUUCCCUCGCUUAUUUUGUUCAUCCUUUUCGUUGUUUGCUUCACUCUUUAUUGUUCACGAAAAUCAAAGAAUACCACCCAUGUGACAGAGGUAGAUAGCCAUGGAAAUGUGUUCUCCAUAUGGAAUUAUGAUGGUAAGAUUGCUUACCAAGACAUUAUAGACGCAACCGAAGACUUCAAUAUCAAAUAUUGCAUUGGCACAGGUGGGUUUGGGAGCGUCUACCGAGCAAUGCUUCCAAUUGGAAAAGUUGUAGCUCUAAAGAAGCUUCAUAGUUCUGAAGCAGCCAAAUGGGUAGCCCUUAACGAGAGUUUUCAAAAUGAGAUUGAGAUGCUAAAAGAGAUUAGGCACAAGAACAUCGUAAAGCUCCUUGGUUAUUGCCUCCAUAAACGUUGCAUGUUUCUCAUUUACGAGUACAUGGAGAGUGGAAGCCUAUUUUGGGUGCUAAGCAAUGAUACAGAAGCAGAGGAAUUGAAGUGGAAUAAGAGACUAAAUGUCAUUAAUAGAGUUGCCCAAGCUUUGUCCUACCUACAUCAUGAUUGCAAUAUGCCUAUCAUUCAUCGAGACGUUACAACCAAUAAUAUACUUUUGGACUCGAAUCUUGACGCUUUUCUGCCGGAUUUCGGGGUAGCAAGAUUUCUUGAUGUUGAAUCUUCAAAUCACACCGUGGUUCGCGGCACAUAUGGCUACAUAGCUCCAGAAUUGGCAUACACGAGGGUCGUUACAGAAAAAUGUGAUGUUUAUUGCUUUGGAGUAGUGGCAUUAGAAACAAUAAUGGGAAAACACCCUCGAGAAUUGUUAAACGACAUAUGGUCGAAAUCUACUCCAAAUGUAGCUAUCAAGGAAUGGUUGGAUAUGCGUCUAAGAUCUCCUUUAACCCAAAAUGGAGUAGCUCAAAGAAUAGUUGUUGCACUAACGCUGGCUUUUGCAUGCAUCCAUCCAAACCCAACAGCCCGACCAACAAUGCAGCAUGUGAGUAUACAACUUCUUGUUCCCAGACCUGGUCUAGAAAUCUCAUUCAAUGAGAUUUUAGUUGAACAAAUUUUAAGACAGGAAAUUUACCGUGUAAAUAUAAUUUCAGAAUAAUCAUUCUGAGAGUUAGUGUCAAAA